AAUUGGAAGACUAGGUUGAAAAGGCUGCCAGUCGGUAGAGGAAUUAUUAUUUAGAUUAGGUACUAUAUUACAAUACCACCUGAGUUUUUGAUUUCUUUGUUAUUACAUAACUAUACAGGGUUUUGUCUGGAAAGUCCGUGCUGAUUUUUGGUGAGUGGUACACGUCUGUUUAUAUUGGAAUGGUUGAAAACAAUUAGCAUGGGUGCAUCUUAAAAGGUGGAAAGAUCGUGGAGCAAAAUGUUAUUUAUAUAAUUCAAUAAAUAUAUAUCAAAAUUCAAAUGUACCUUUGAAUUUUUCUUAAAAAUUCGCACGAACUGUCUGGACAACCCAAUAAUAAUAAUUACUAUUAUUCUUAUAUAUUUCUUUAUCGUACAAAGAUUGAAUACAUCCAAAAGAGCAAGUACUAAACAAUGAAAAAAAAAUAGUGCACGAGUGCUCCAGAAGACUGUGAACGUGUUAAUCACAGGUUUAAGGGAAACACAGUUUUAUAAUACAGUGCGAAAGAUAAACGUUAUCACCCUUACGUGUUCUUUUAUCAAUUUUCAUCCUCGUUUCCAAAGGCCUUGAAACAAAUUGGCGAAAUGGUAAACGCGAGCCUCGAACGUGACGCUUUGGAAAAUGUGAAACGUCAAUUGUUUGUUUGCCAUGAAUUGCUGAAUGUGUGGGAGGAAUCUAUGCAACGAGUGUCGAAACUUCACAAAACAUCCGCCGUCAAUCUUAAAUCACUGUCGGAGAGCGUACCUGUUACGAUUAGAUCGGUAUUCGAACACUGCAGAGCGAGCACGAAAUUGUACGGCGCCUUGUUCGAGGGCGUAUCGGAAAAAUUAACGAAACUCUUUCGCAAGGCGAAAACGAUCUUGAGCCUAUUCCUGGCCACUUUGGAGAGUGUAAUCGUUUUCGACACGGAUACGGAAUCGGAAACGGAGCUGUUAGUGAAAGUGAUCGAUGGGAUCGGUUCGUUGGUCACCAUAGCUCAUGAACUGGAUCUCAAGACGUUCGUGGAGACGUCGAAAAUGUUUGGUAAAUUGGCGAUUAUGCACGAGCUUAGUAUUAAACGAGUGAAAUCGACCAGCGUCACUUUGCAUCUCGAACAAACGACCAAAGAUGUAUCUUCGAUGAUUUCGUUGCUUCAGGCAUCCCACGACAAAGUCGACGAGAGAAAGAUAAGAGUUAUCGGUCACUCGCUAAAAAUUUUGGACAGAUUGUACACAGCAUACUGUUCCUGCAUAAAUAUCAAAACUCUUCCCUUCGUGAUCGACCUUCUCCUGCGAGUGCACAGAUGUUCACCUUCGUGCUUACGAAAAUUGCAAAUGAGCGAUAAAGCGGUCGAAUUAAUAAACGUUCAUAUCUCGAGGGGAUCGGAUCCACUCCUGAACACUGUCUUCAAGAUCUCGGACUUCAAGCAGGCGUUCUUCGAAUAUGGAAACGAGCCAAGUGUGGAUAAAUUGAGCUAUCAUUUGUUGACAGUCAAUAUUAUGAGAAAAUUGAUAAGCAUGCCAUUCGAACACCACUGCAAAUGGACUCUAGGUGCAGAGUCGAUCAUCGAUGUCGCGUUAACAAACAUUAACGAUAUGCAAGAAGAAAUCUUCAUGGGCGAAGUGAGAUUGCCAGGGGCCCACGACAUCGGGGAAAGACCACGUCAGGUCACUUUGUACGAGGCCACCUUGGUGCCAAUUUGUGGUCUAAUCAGCGAAAUACCCGCCGAUGGAUUUAAUGUAGCGGAGAUGAUCCUGCUGAAACAUUUGCUAAGCGAUCGACUUUGGAGUUCCUUGCUCAGCUCGGACAUUUGGUGCUUCGUAGGACGUAUCGGUUCCUCGGAGCUUUGCGUCAGCCACGUAAAGUAUUUAUUGAAAGUGUAUGCCACUUUGAUGAAGCGACACAACGACCUCCAAAUCGUUGUACUGGAGAACUUAAUCGGAAGAUUGUACAGCUUGUUAUCCGUGGAGACGAAACACACUCUUGUGACGGAACUCGACGAUCUCGAAAACCCGUUCUGGAUUCCUAUCGCACGAUUUUUCCCAUCGAAAACGAAAUCGUUUCUACAAAAUCGACUGGCUUGCGUACUUAACGAAAUCCCUGAUACGUUUUCGCAACUGCAACGACAGCCUACUCUGCAGAAUUGGAAUCGGAUCACAACGCUGAUGUCCGUAAUUGGAAAGCUUAGUUAUGCCGGCGAGAAGAACACCGUCGAUAUCCUGUCCCAAAUAUGGAGCUCGAUCGCAAACACGAUCGAGAUUUUCGAGGGUAAACAAUUGGAUAUACUUUCGGAAUUUAUGUGGGAACUGUUCGUGGCUACUCAACCCGAAAAAAUUCAGGACGACAUGUUUCUCACGAUUUUGGAAGCAAUGCUGACGUCGUUUUUGUGUUUUCCGUCGCACGUGAAAGUGAUCGCGUCGCAUUAUCUGAGGAAUAACACCGAUUCAUUCGGCAGCUGCGGUCUGAAGACCGCAAACGCGUUGGCGGAGUUGAAUUGUCGACUUCUCGAGGAUGAGAAUCCCUGGGUGAGGCAGGAAGCACUCGAGUCAUUCGACCGAGUGGCUCACAUGUGCCCGAACGAGGAUCUCGUUACUAAAAUGGCCGCCGCGGUCACCAGAAGGCCGUCGCUGAGCGACUCCCUACCUGCGUAUCUUUCUGCCACUCCCUACUACGAACUUCGUGGCUUCGCGGAUGUUCAAUUUUAUCUGCAACAUGUGGCAAAGAAUUCUGUAAACGUCUGCCACGUUUGCUACCAUUACGAAGAGUCGCAAAGGGACGAAAAACUCGCUAGAUUGGAAAGCCAAUCGAGCGAGAAUUCUGUCGAUGGUUCACCGUCGAGUGAGCUCGACGAGUACGUGAACAAGAUAUGCGACGAAUUGAACGAUAUUUCGAGGAAAAGCAGCGAUAUCGGUGAUCGUGCUUUAAAAAGAUUGCGUUUCGUUUGUACGAAGAUUUUGAAUUUGGUUGAAUCGUCGAAAUAAACCUAGGUCGUCGUCGUUCGUCUUUUGCGCGGUCUCUUUUUUACAAUAAUUUUAAAUAUUUUUGUACUAUUUCUAAAUACUCCAAUUAUUUUCGAUUUGAUUGUCCAUCUUUUUUUUUUUGAAAAUACUUAAUGUAAAUAAAUCUUGGAAAUGUAAUAUUACUCGUUCGGAUUAUUGAUACCCGAAAGAAUGAAAAUGGUUUCAAUUGUAUAUUUUGGAGAAUAAGAAAGGGAUGGCACAGGGAAAAAUUAGUACAGUGAAACAUUAACAUCAUUCGAUGUAAACAGAGAUUUAAAAGUAUAAAAGUAGGUAUUCGUUGGAACGUGGUUCAUUUUGCAUGUAUUCACGCGGACAAGCACGAGCUUCAACCAAUGGUCGAAAGGCACGAGACUGCCGCAGCAAUCAAGAAGGCAAAAAACCUGCAUCUUUGACGGAUGCAUUUCCUUAUUCACACUUUUCCUUUUCACGACAGUUUCAAAUAAUUUUCAAAAAAUAGCGACGUUCUUUUCCGAACUUAAUUUAGAACUUAUAUUUACCAAAAAUAAUUGUACAAUUAAAAAGAGUAAAUAGCAAUGAAAAGUGAAAGCGUUCCAUCGAAUAAAGUGAUUAACGAAUUUUCAGAAGUUGAUUCUUUAGUCAACUUGUUUAA